CGCCCCGUAAACAGCUUCAUGUGCUUCCGUGCAGCCAUGUACCCUAUCCUGCGCGAGCAAUAUCCGAACAAGAACAGUCGAGACAUUGUCCUCAUCAUCAGCAGCUAUUGGCGGGAAGCGUCGCCGGAAAUCAAGAGCUAUUUCAGGAAAGAAGCUGCAGCCAUCAGGGCCGAGCACAAGAAAACAUGGCCCGAUUACCAGUAC